CCUCAGCCUUGCACAGACGCGCGCACAGGAGCGACAGAGUCGGAGUGGCUGAGAGGCUCAGCUCGGCUCGGCUCGGCUCGCUCUGUGUUUACUUCCGGACAUCGACGUGAGUGGCUCAUCACAGGAAAGGAGCAGCGGCAGCCUCACUGGACCUUCAAGCUGUCAGCUAGCGCAGCGGCACUCAUACGAGCUUUCAUGACAAGAAGUCACAGGGUUUGGGCAGCAGCAUCCCGACUGUCUUUCCUCGUUUCAUCGUUCCGGAUCCCCUCCUCGCAUCACACCCGCUCUGCUUACCGGCUCCAAGUUGCUCAAUACUUCCAGGCUGUCUCGCUGAGCAGCUGCCUGUGAGAGUGCCUUUUCAAGGAGCGCAACAAGGACGAUCAGUCGGAGCCUCCGCGCCGUUUUCUGUCUUGGGGGACCGGGGGGAGAGUCAAGCGACCCCCGGAGAGAGAGAGCGCGCGACGGGACUUGGCGGUGCAAGGCAAGCCGGGCAGCAAGGCAGUCGGCCGGAUAAAGGGGGGUCGCCUCCGACUCCUGGUGUUAUCCCCUGCUAGCUAGCCUUAGCUACGCUAGCUCCACACAGCACCAUGGAUUGGUUAAUGGGGAAGUCAAAGACAAAACCAAAUGGAAAAAAGCCUCCAGCAGAAGAGAAGAAGCAAUACCUAGAACCGGAGUUCACAAAGAUCCGAGUGGUGGAUUUUGACCUCAAGGAACUUGUGGUGCUGCCCCGAGAGAUAGAUCUCUAUGAAUGGCUAGCCAGCAACACAACUACAUUCUUCAAUCUUAUCAACUUACAAUACAGCACCAUCUCAGAGUUCUGCACUGGGGACAGCUGUCAAGCUAUGACUGCAUGCAACACAAUAUACUACUGGCAGGAUGAGAAGGGGAAGAAGACAAAGUGCACUGCGCCACAAUAUGUUGACUUUGUUAUGAGUCUUUGUCAGAAACUGGUCACAGAUGAGGAAACCUUUCCUACAAAAUACGGAAAAGAAUUCCCCAACUCCUUUGACACAUUGGUGAAGAAGAUCUGCCGGUACCUGUUCCACGUGCUGGCUCACCUCUACUGGGCGCACUUUAAAGAGACGGUGGCACUGGACCUGCAGGGCCACUUGAACACUCUCUAUGCACAUUUCAUCGUUUUUGUAAGGGAAUUCAAUUUGGUUGACCCAAAGGAGACCUGCAUCAUGGACGACCUGUCCGAAAUCCUGUGCACCCCGGCGCCAUUGGCUGCGCCGGCACCCUCCUCCCCGACCUCGUCGCCCUCCCCUUCCUCACAAAACCACGUGACAGAGAGAUGAGCAGAGCCCCUGCUGAGGUGCCGGCCCUCCCGGCAUUGAUCGAGGAUAAGAUGGAGGAAAGACGGCCUUGCCGCCUUCCACGGUGUGUCAGCGGGAAUUUAGAGACCUUCCACUACUCUUGUGCAUUUCGCUGCAGCACCAACCAACCAGUCGGACAGACAACGGGGGAGGGGGAGAUUGGCUAGGUUUACGGGGUGGGUGUUAGUGAGGAGUUUAGAACGCCAGCAGGAAUUGGCGUGAACAUUCCUCGCAGGGAUCAAAAGAAAACAAAAACAUCCCUCCCAUCUUCUCUGCCAUUUAAACCAGGAGAACAAAACUAAGGCUGUUUAAUUUUUAUUUCAUUUCACUUUUGUUUUUGUUGGUGAGUUAUUUGAUUCUUUUUGUUUGGUUGGGUUAAAGGUGUGCGUGUCGGGGCCCUCUUCUUUAUCCUCUCACAUCCUGUACACAAUUGGGCUGUACAGUACUUUGCUUGGACCUGCUAUUGUGCAGCGAGAGACAUCUCUGCUGGCCUCCUCCAAUUGCCAUGUUGGUCCUGAGAGUGGCACGACUGGUAGUAAUAACCAAUCCGUGGGUUGGGUUGUUUAUGUGGGGGGUUGAUUGAAGGCGCCAACUACUCAGGACCUGAGAGAAAAUGUCACUUCUGCCAGAGAAGCUUUUUUUUUUCUUCUUCUUUUUAAACCUUUAGUUUAUAAACUCCACAUGACCUACCAUUGAUGGCGUCACCCCAACAAACAUGUUGUGGCGCCUACUUACCUCUAGAGGGCAGCAAAGAUGAAAAUGCAGAAACAUGGUAGAAAAUAUAAAGAUUGUAUAUUAGAUAUUUAAUCUGAUCAAAGAACUGGUGAUAUUUUAACAGACUGGUGAGUGAACUGCAGUGGUUUGUUGGUGUUCAGUGCAGCAAGCCUCCCCCUCCCCUCCCAACUUCCAUCCACCCACCCCAGCAACACAGAUGGACAAAAAUGUGAUGUCAAGUCUGCUGUCCGAUAGAAGCCAAGAUGGAGAUAAAAGUGAGGAGGGGGGAAUGCGGCGCAUGCUGGCGGCGAGCUGCAAAUGUGUUCUUCUCAAUUUGUUUAGUUUUUGCGGCCCUUUUUUUAAAUUUGCUUUUAAAAAGAGUAUGAAAGGAAAUUAGUUUGGGAAUAAUGCCAAUAAUUAUUACACAUAAAAAGAAACCAUCUGCUGGGACUUUUGUCCAGACAGCCUCAAUAUCGAAGAGGAUUAAGUUUAUAUUUGUCCCUUUUAUAAUUUAUUUCUUUUUUCUUUGUUGCAGGGUUCUUCAGUUCUGUUUCUUGUUUUUAUGUAUUUUAAUUAUUAACUAAGUUAAAAGCAAUUUAAUAUUUCGAGCUCUGCUGAUUAUAAUCUAAUAAAAGAAAAAUGCCAUUCUA